AUGGCCGUCAAUUCAACGAACAACGCGACAGCGACCUGUCCCUACGACUCUGUUUUCGAAAGGGUGGCCAAUCCAGACACCUACAACUGGACCUCCGCAUGGGAUCAGUACCACGACGAAUGGACUGGACGAACACACGCGCUGGGCAACCUCUUUCGGACACGAGUGGGCGACAAGUGGAUCGGUUUACCCGGGUGCUGGUAUCUGGGCGUUCUAGACAACGAAAGGGCCAAGAAAUGCGAGGCGGGCGGAGGCAUGGCCGUCGUCGCGACGAAAUCCAAGGACAUCGUGGACGCUGAUGUCUGGUACUGCGGGAUCCCCGGUACCAGUGACCAGGUGCCCGCCCCUGACCCCAUCAGCGACGACUACUUCUCCCUGAUGAAGUCCAACGUGUCCGAAAACCCCCUUAUUUGUAAUCGGCCCGACCAGAACGAGAGCGAUGCGCCGCACCGAGCCGUUCUCUCACAUUGGCUCCCUUUGCUCGCUGUCGCCUUGACCUCCGCCGUCGCGCAAUUGUGA